AUUCAGGCGGUCAAUGCCUGAUAUGAAUAAUGGCCGCCUUCGUAGCGAUGGCCGGAACGGAAAAUAACACAAAAGGCAUGUUAGAGGUUUUCAGUUGACUGGAAAGACUGCGAGGCGCCGGUUAGCCCUUCCUACCCCCUUUACCGGACGGAUGGGUGGAGGGGGUUUCGCCAAAAGAUACAAGAAACGAAAAGAGACUUUAAAGGAGUAUAGUGAAAGCUAAGUGGGGAGCUAGCGCUAGCUGGCUAACAACACAGUUGUCACUACCGGGGAACGAACCCGAGGAACCACAACAGCUGUGUGUCGGAAGGCCUGAAUGAAACGGUGACUCCGCUGACUGAUCAAACCGCCGGCCUGUCGCUAAUAUGAGCGGACCGGGUCAGGACAGCGAGCCUGAGGCGAAAGUCCUGCUUAUAAAGCGGCUUUACAGGGCUGUGGUGGAAUCUGUGCACAAGCUGGAUGUCAUCAUCGGCAGCAAGUCAUCGUACAGAGAAGUCUUCAAGCCGGAGAACAUCAGCCUCCGGAACAAGCUGAGAGAGCUGUGUGUGAAGUUGAUGUUUCUUCAUCCCGUCGACUAUGGCCGCAAGGCUGAGGAGCUGCUCUGGAGGAAGGUUUACUAUGAGGUCAUCCAGGUUAUCAAGACAAACAAGAAGCACAUCCACAGUCGGAGCGCCCUAGAGUGUGCUUACAGAACUCACCUCAUCGCCGGCGUGGGUUUCUACCAACAUCUGCUGCUCUACAUCCAAUCACAUUACCAGCUGGAGCUGCAGGACUGCAUCGAUUGGACGCACGUCACCGAUCCUCUCAUUGGUCGAAAGAAGCCGGUCUCCGCCUCGCCCAGAGAGAUGGAGUGGGCUCAGAUGGCCUGUCAUCGCUGUCUGGUCUACCUCGGAGAUCUGGCUCGCUAUCAGAAUGAACUUGCUGGAGUAGAAGCUGAACAGCUGGCAGAGAGAUUUUACCACCAAGCCUUGUCUGUAGUGCCCCAUGUUGGAAUGCCUUUUAACCAACUGGGAACACUAGCUGGGAGCAAGUUCUACAACGUUGAAGCAACCUACUACUACUUACGAUGCAUCCAAUCAGAUACUCCGUUUGAGGGCGCCUAUGGCAACCUGAAGCGCCUGUUCGACAAGGCAGCCAAGAUGUACCACCAGGUGAAGAAGCAGGAGAUGAAGAAGCUGUCCCCGUCCCGCCAAAGAUCCAAAGACAUCAAGCGUCUCCUGGUGAGCUUCAUGUACCUUCAGAGUCUGCUGCAGCCCAAAAACAGUUUGAUGGAGACGGAGCUGACUUCUCUCUGCCAGUCGGUGCUGGAGGACUUCAACCUGGUCCUCUUUUAUCUUCCGGCUCCAACACACGGGGGCGCCCCGCCCUGUCCAAGCGAGGAAGAGGAGGAGCAGCCGCAGCACAGCGACAGCUCCUAUCCCGUUCUGCCUGACAACCUCAUCUUCAAGAUGGUGGUUACUUGCCUGAUGGUGGUUCACAGCCUUAAGAGAGGAGGAUCAAAGCAGUACAGCGCCUCAAUAGCUUUCACUCUGGCCCUGUUUUCACACCUCGUGAACCACGUGAACAUCCGGCUGCAGGCCGAGCUGGAGGACGGGGAGAGCCAGGUGCCUCCGCUUCACACCGACGCUGCAGAUGACCUUGAGAUGAGAGAUUUGUCGAUUGCAGAGGUGGAUCCUUCCAGGGAGAAGCCUCUGCAGAAUGGCUCUCUAGAGCAGGAGGAUGAGGAGGACAAGGAUGAAGACGGCGGUGAGCGAGCCAAAGUUAAAAAGCUCAGCAGUGAAGAAGAAGACCAGCGGAAGACUGAGGAGGAGAAACAGAGGCAGAAGAAGAAGUACACCCGCCUGUCUCAGCUGCGCCGCCGUCGCUGCGCACACAAAGGUGGUCCAGGAGAGGACGAAAGCGAUCUGAGCGAAGGAUUCGAGAGCGAAGAGGACGAGGAAGAUGAUGAAGGAGGAAGGGUCCGCGCUGAUUCGAUGGGCGGAACGGCAGCGGACGAGCCGCUUAACCCUGGAUCUGGGACGAAGGAGAUGAGGAGGGAUGCCCUGGGUGAGGAAGGCGGCUGGGAAAGCGGCUCUGAGGAAGAGGAAGGAGGAACAGCUUUUGAUGUGGAGACCGACUCCGACAUGAACAGCCAAGAGUCCCGCUCAGACCUGGAAGACAUCGAGGAAAGCGAAAACACAGAGGGUCAGGCCCAGCAGCACGAGGAGGACGAGGAAGACCAACCCAAGGCAAAGGGAGAAGAGAGGGAUGGGGAGACUCCUCCAAGCUCCAACGGGCCCCUGGUGCAAAGCGACUCCAGCAUCAGCAGCAACCUGCAGGCCAUGUCCUCCCAACUCUUCCAGUCCAAACGCUGCUUCCGCCUGGCUCCGACGUUCAGCAACAAGCUCCUGAGGCCUGCUCCCGCUUCUUCUUUGGGAAUUCCUGCCCCCACGGAAACCUCUGCUCCUCCCUCCCAGGAGACGCCCCCUCCUCCUGGAGAUUUACACUGCGACCUGAACCCUGGUACUGCCAACGGAACAAACGACAAUGAGCUCGGCUCUGACUCAGAGGAAAGUCAGCACAGCACCCAGUCUGCACACAGUGAAAAAACCCUAUUGGAGAAGCUGGAGAUUUUGACCAAUCAGGGCUUAAUGCAGAUCGUGAAGGUCUUCAUCGAUUGGCUCAGGACAAACACAGAUAUUAUCCUCAUGUGUGCACAGAGUUCCCAGAGCUUGUGGAACCGUCUGUCUGUUUUGUUAAACCUCCUUCCAGAUGGCAGCAAGAUGCUCGAGGCUGAUCUGGGGUUGAACGCAGAGGUGACAGAAAUGUUAAAGGAGUGCGAACAGCCGGGAUUGGUCCAGGCUCUGCUGCUGCCGGAAGACGUGGCUCUGCAACACCUCCCCGCUCUCGGUGUAGCUCACCGCCGCCUGGACUUUACUCGACGCAACACCUCCCUCACUCCCCUGCAGGAGUGUGUGGUGCGAGUCUGUUGCAUCCGCAGUUUUGGCCACUUCCUGACAAAUCUCCAAGGCAACGUCCUGCACUUCAACCCAGAGGCGGGCAUCUUCACCAGCAUCAGCCAGUCGGAGCAGGAUAAUCUGGUGCAACAGGCCAAGGCCCAGUUCAGGAUGGCUGAAGAGGAAGCUCGUAGGAAUCGUUUAAUGAGAGACAUGGCCCAGCUUCGACUCCAGUUAGAGGUUUCACAGCUAGAGGGCAGCCUUCAGCAGCCUAAAGCUCAGUCCUCCAUGUCUCCUUAUCUUGUUCCUGAUGCCGCCGCCCUCUGCCAGCAUCUAAACCUCAUCAGACAGCUGGCUGGCAGCGGCUGCUUCAUCAUCAUCAUCCCAAGAACAGUGAUUGACGGAUUGGACCGGUUAAAAAAGGAAAAUCCGGGUGCGAGAGACGGCAUUCGCUUUCUGGAGUCGGAGUUCCGCAAAGGCAACAGGUACAUACGCUGUCAGAAGGAGUCUGGUCGCACUUUUGAAAGAGACAAACUCAAACGGCAGGACAUGGAAGCUUGGCAUCUGUAUAAGAUGGUGGACAGCUGCCGCCAGCUGACGGUGUCCCAGAGCAACGGAGACGAAGACACGGCCGGCAUGGUGACCAUCCUGACAGGCCAUGAUGUAGACGAGCUCUGCUCUCGGUCUGCAGCCAUGAAGUCAGCGACUCAGGCCGCUUCCUCCGCAGGCAUGGAGCUGAAGAACAUCGCAGAGUUUUACCGUCAGUGGAAGGAGAUCGGCUGAAAGCUCAAAGGGGGGCAGCUGUCUGUGCUGCGAGCAGCUGAUCGAUCACAACACUCGCUCCCUCUCUCUCUCCCACUCUUUUGCUCUGUGUGUAUCUGCGUCUCCAAAAAGGAAACAAAACUCCAAAGAAAGCUGGAUGGAAGAGUUAAAAGGUUUUUUUUAAGAGGGCCGGACACGGAAAUAAAGCAGAGUUCAAAAAAUAAAAUAAAAAAAUGUAAAAAAGCAAAAGAAGAAACGCAGGCAAAACGACGCUAUAAGCAGCAGCCGAUCUCCCACCUCUCAGUUUGUUAAACAUAAAGCGUGAGCGCCUGCAGCGGUCAGUGGGGGGGGAGGAAACGGUGGGAAGGGCGCUGCAGAGAUUCAGGUGCCCCUGGUUCACCUCUAACCAGGAAUACACUGUAUAUGUUAGCAAACGAGUACAUUUGUGUUGAGAGAAACCGCACACAAACUCAUUCACGCUAAGAUGAAUCCAUAUAGAUUUUUAGAGCAGUGGUCUGGAUGUCCCUUCCCUCUUUCCUUCAGUAUGAUUUCCUGGAACAGGGUCAGGAAUGUGAGUCUGGUUGGGCGACAGGAAGCGGCGCAGCCCGACGUCCGUCGCUCAGAAACAAGCCGGGCGCCUCCUAAUUCAACGGCUUUAAGGAAGGAUUAUAGAAAACAGACUUUUUGUUUUUCUUCUGUCUUUAUUUUGCUUUUCAGAUAUUUUUUUUUCCUUUUUUGUGGUGUACCUUUGUGACCAGCGAUGUAUGUUUUGUGCUUUUCUUGUCUGAGAAAAGAAAGGAAAAAAAA